GUCACACAAGUGUCACAGUGAGUGGUUGUGGAUUGUUUUGUUGUGAUUUUUUUAUUUCGUUACGAAAUAUUAAAAUGUAUUAUAUUAAAUAACAGUUUUCCUCAUUUUCCAACAACGGUGAAUGAAACUAGUGACUUUUUCAAAUAUAUUAUUCGAAUCCGUUUGAUUGUUUCCGAUAUUAUUCAUUAUAAUACUUUUCUUACACCGAGCAUAUCUGUUUUUCAUGAUAUGUUUACAAAUUAUAUUUUUACAAUUUGCACGAGAAGCAACAGACCCAUAAUGGCGUCAUGCACUUGAUCAGUUUAAUGUUUUAUUGAAAUAAUUAAGGAUGUUCAAAAUGCGUAAGAACGUACGAAGAUUGACAAUCAUAACUGUUGCUCUAGUCACGACAUGGUUCUUAGUAUCUCACUUAUCACUAUUAGAUGUCCCGACGUCAGCACCGCCACAACAUAAAGUAGUAGAUCUUGAAGAUCGACUAGUUAAACUUCAGGUUAAAAUGGAUCAGCAAUUAUCUGAUAGUAACAAUUUGUUGGCUAAAGUGAAACAGCAUUUAAAGAAAAAUGCACACAGAGAAGUUAAGGAAAUGAUGGAGAAUGAUAUAGAUAUUGAAGGUGCUUCGAAUCCUAUUCUGCCAGUACUCGUAAUCGCAUGCGAUAGGAUCACAGUGAAGCGUUGUCUAGACAGCUUAGUCAAGUUUAGACCCAGCAAGGAGACCUUCCCCAUCAUAAUCAGUCAAGAUUGUGGGCACAACGCAACGUACCAAGUGAUAAAGAGCUUCACUGAGAUGGACCCCACCAUCACAGUGGUGCAGCAGCCAGACCGCUCAGAGAUACAGCUGCCGAGGGCCAAGGUUAAGUUCCGAGGGUACUACAAGAUCGCCCGACAUUACCGUUUCGCACUCAACCAUGUAUUUAAUACCUUGGGACACAAAGCUGUUAUUAUUGUUGAAGAUGACUUAGAUAUAUCGCCAGAUUUCUUUGAAUAUUUCUUGGGCACGUAUCCUCUUCUUCUGAAAGAUCCAAGUAUAUGGUGCGUGUCAGCUUGGAACGACAACGGCAAACGUGAAGUGAUAGACAUGUCGCGUCCGGAACUUCUACAUCGUACAGACUUCUUCCCCGGCCUCGGGUGGAUCCUGCGUAAAGACACCUGGGCACAACUAGAACCCAAAUGGCCAGAAGCAUUCUUCGAUGACUGGCUGCGUGAUCCAAAGAAUACAGACGGUCGAGCCUGCAUCAGACCAGAGAUAUCUCGCACCUAUUCAUUUGGAAAGGUGGGAGUGAGCAAGGGUCUGUUCUUCGACAUGCAUCUCCGAUACAUGCACCUUAACACUGAAUUUGUCGAAUUCACUAAACUCAACCUCACAUAUUUGCUCAAGGACGUGUACGACGAGACAUUGAUGUCUUCUGUGUACGGUUUGUCUGAGAUGACGGCUGAGGAGGUGAUAUCUAGCGCUGGCUUGGAGCCGGUCAGAGUGCCAUACUCCAAUGCCAAGACUUACCAGAAGGCUGCCAAGAAACUCGGCCUUAUGGAGGACUUUAGAAGCGGUAUACCCCGUACGGCGUACAUGGGUAUUGUAACCUGCUUCAUCCGCGGUCGCCGGGUCUACCUCGCACCCGACUACCCCUGGACCAAAUACGACCCUGCGUGGGGGUAGCGGUCACUACCUAAAAUAAUAUACCAAAAACACUAUUGAGGUCAUUAUGAACCAUUUCAAGUGAUUUUUGUGUAACCAGUGACAAGACUUCAGAAUGGCGCAAUCCGCUAAGUGAGAGCCAUAAACUAGAAAUUGACAAGACUAUAAAUUAAAUAAUGGAGAGAAUUUUGUUAUGUGUUGUUUUGUUAUUUACUAUUAUGUUUUAUUUUUAAUUGGUAAGGGUGCGUUCAUAAAAUACGUGAGAUGUUUAAGAGGGCGAGGGGGUCGAGUCAAAUCUCACCUAAUCUUACGUUGGAGGGAGGGGGGGUCCCGGCAAAUAUCACGUAUUUUUUUUUCUGAAUGAAGCAAAAAAAAAUUAUACUAUUUUGGUCCAUUUAAUCCAGAUUGCUUAAGAUUAAAUCUUAAGCAUACUCGUAAUACGAUUAAGAUCAUUCCCUAAUUCGUUCAAAAAAAUUAUUUCAUUUAUAUUAUGAAUGCCCCCUAAGUAAAAUAG